AUGGCUGAAGCAGUGAGUAGUACAGUUAGUACAGUUCAAUACCAACUUGUCACACCUGAGCCUUUCAAUUUCAGGGAACCUUCUGAAUGGCCUAGAUGGAUAAGAAAAUUUGAAAGGUUUAGAUUAGCUUCAGGAUUAGACAGUAAGAGUGGGGAAAAUCAAGUUAAUAUGCUUUUAUACUGUCUAGGAGAUGAAGGAGAAGACCUUCUAACAUCUUUCGGAUUAAAAGAUGAAGAAUUACAGAGUUAUGACACUGUCAAGGGUAGAUUUGAGUCUUACCUAGGUUUCAAAAUCAAUAUUGUAUAUGAGAGAGCUAAAUUUCUAAAAAGACGUCAGUCUGAGGGGGAACCUGUUGAUUCUUUUAUAAAUAGUUUACACAAACUGGCAGAGCGAUGUAAACUUGGGGAAUUAAAAGAUGAACUAAUUAGAGAUUUGAUAGUAAUUGGGGUAAAUGAUGAUAAACUUUCUCAAAAUUUACAGUUGGAUGAAAAAUUAACCUUAAGUACAGCAAUUUUGAAAGCAAGACAAGCAGAGAGUUUAAAACAACAACAAAAAGUAGUGAGGGAAUCACCAGAAAUUGAGUUUGUCAAUAAGGGGAUUAAGCAAUCCACUAAACAUCGGUUUAGGGACAGUUCUUGCAAUAAAAGUCAAGAUCAAAGCUUUUCAAUGAAAGGUAAAUGUAACAAAUGUGGAUUCGUUGGGCAUCACAAUAACAAUGAUUGUCCUGCCAAUCAGUCUACAUGUUUCAGAUGUGGAAUAAAGGGACACUAUGUGAGAUGUUGUACCAAAGGAUUUGAAGUGAGAGAAAUUAAUAACAGUAAUGAACCAUUAGAAAAACCUAAAACCUAUUUAGGGGAAUUGACCAUAGAAGAGGUUGGAGGACAAAAUCCUUGUAAAGUAAAACUUAAUGUUAAGGGGCAUGAUAUUUAUUUUAAGUUAGACACUGGAGCAGAUGUUUCUAUAAUUGGAUAUGAUCUUUGCAAGGAGUUAAAACUGGAAACCAAUCACCUAUGCAUCGAGAUCUUUAUCACCGACAGAGAUGCGUUAUGCUCAGAUAGAAAAGGAGGCACUGGCACUGACUUGGGCAUGUGA